AUGGGAAAGAUAAUCUUUUACGAGGACAGAAACUUCCAGGGCCGGUCCUACGAGUGCAGCAGUGACUGCGCUGACCUCCACUCCCACUUCAGCCGCUGCAACUCCAUCCAGGUGGACAGCGGCUGCUGGAUGGUCUACGAGCGCCCCAACUACUUAGGGUACCAGUACUUCCUCCGGAGGGGUGAGUAUCCAGACUACCAGCGAUGGAUGGGCUUCAACGACUGCGUCCGAUCCUGCCGCAUGAUCCCCCAACACCAAGGAUCUUACAAAAUGAGGAUCUAUGAGCGUGCAGACUUCGGGGGUCAGAUGAUGGAGUUCACUGAUGACUGCCCCUCCCUCUACGACCGCUUCCACUACAACGACAUCCACUCUUGCAAUGUCAUGGAAGGCCACUGGCUGUUCUAUGAGCACCCCAACUACAGGGGGCGCCAGUACCUGCUGAGGCCCGGAGAGUACCGGAGGUACAGCGACUGGGGCGGCAUGAACCCCAGGAUUGGGUCCAUCAGACGCAUCACAUAUCCCAAUUAG